AUGGAAAACUUCACUGAAACGUGCAACUUUGCCCUCAUUGUUCCGUUGCAGGACAAAUCAUAUUACACUGUACAGUUUGUACAAUCUCCUAACAUCACCUCCAGCAACACGUUGGGUAUACACAUGCAACUGAACUCACCGGACGGUUUGAGACGAUAUGCACAUCUUCAUAUGACAGAUCCGUCAAAGCAACUUUGUCCGGAAUUUUUUCGCGUUGGACAUACGUCAGAUAAUGUUCUAGAUUUGGCCAGUUUACUCAAUCAGCCGGAACGACAUGAAAUCAGGUUUGCGGACUACACCAGCAUUGACCGAAUAACAAUCAAAGGAGAGAUGAAUGUGUACCUUUCCAUGUCCGCAUUUUUGCCCAACCCGGAUUAUGAGGCGGUCUCUUACUUGAUCAGCAGGUCAACCUCAUCGAAUCAAAUCAACGUGGUUAGGAAGUCCAUUACUCACAAAUUAAAGAUACGCCCAUGGGAGGUGCAUCGCAUGGUAACAGAACUUGUCCAAGCACACCCAGACUACGAGGAACAAAUGUAUCAGUUUCAGUUACAAUUUCAUACGAGUCGAAAUAAUCUGGCGUUAGUGAUUGUGCUCGCUAGGAAGGGAGAGUAUGCGGACCGGGAACUGACCGAAGUGAUGCAUCAGUGGAUUAUACAAGGGAAACGCGAUGCAAAAUUUAUUUGGCCUGGAACCCAGUUAUGA